AUGUACCCUCUCGUGCCGUCUCUUACCGUGCUUCUUGCGGCCGCGUCGGCGGCCGCCGCCAUUCUGGAAAUGCCCUGGAAUCGUCCCUGUGGCACGGACGCGCCACCGGCAGACCUCGUCACCCUGCAUCAGAAGCUGUCUCGGAAGAAAGGUAUGGCUCGCCGGGGGGCCUACCCGACAAUCGACGUCGACGUCCGUGUGCAUGUCAUCUAUUCAGGCCAAUCCACCGGCAAAUCCAGUGAGCAUCUGGUUUCGAAUUCCAUGAUCCAGCGACAAAUGGCCGUCCUGAACGAGGGCUUCAACGCAACCGGAUUCGUCUUUCACUUCAAAGGUGCCGAUUGGACGUAUAAUGAAACGUUGACAAGAGGUCACCACACUCUCCAGUUUGUCAAGUCCCUUCCCCCAGGGGGGGAGGAUUGUCUCCACGUGUACAUGGUUGAGCAGGUGUUUGCCGAAGAUUCGAGGGUUGCUGGAUAUGCCCCGUUUCCCUACAGAAUUGUCGGAACGCGAGCUCGAGUCGUCUUCAUCGCCAUCGGCACCGUUCCUGGGGCCGCCCGGCCUUGGUACAGCCGGAAUCUGGGUCGGAGCCUCAUCCACGAGGCCGGUCACAGCCUUGGCCUGUUGCACCUGCAUGAUGGCCGCGACUGCCUCGGCGACGGCGACUAUGUUCAUGAUACUCCGUCCCAACGUGCGCCCACCUACCUUUGCAACACAAAGGUGGACACUUGCGAGGGCGAACCGGAGCUGAAAGCCGGGAGCAACUACAUGGAUGUGUUGCACGAGUCCGUCGGCCCUCUGACCCCAACAUGGCAAGCAAAGGGAAGCGGCUGA